GAUCCACGGCUUUACGUGUGGACGGUGUUCAAACCACGAGCUGGGGCGAUGAGGCCCUGAGCAAGUGUAAGCAUUGGGUUGUUUUGGAGCCACUCGUGUAUCUCAUGCCCAAAGCUGAUCCAAAGCAGACUGCCAAGGACAAGCUCGGACAGAAAGGUCAGGGUGAGAUUCUGGAAGGUGAUGGACUUCGAAUAGAAGGCAUUCGAUGGCUCCGCAUCAGGCAAGAUAGUGUUGAAGCGUGGGUGCUGAUUGACGGCAAGGCGGUCGGUGCUGACCGAUGCUUCUUGGAGCCUGUGCCGGGCUGA